AUGCCCGCACACCUGGGCCAUGAGGAGUUCUUCACCUCCCUCACCACCCUCCUAAACACCACAUCUCAGAAAACCCGCGGAUCCGUGUACCUCACGCAGAAGCCCCUCCUCAACACCAACACCACCACCGAGUCAGCGUCGCAACCAUCCAUCCUCAUCCGCGCGACAGACGGCAACACCAACGCCCCGAACCCCAAGACAGCCGAGGCCAAGAAGAAGGUAUCGAAGACGGGAUCGGCAGCAUCGAAGGUGAAGAUCUCGACGGUCGUGAGCCCUGAUGACUUGGAGGCGUUCUAUGCGAGGUAUGCGGAGGUGUGUAAGGCUGGGAUGACGGGGUUGAAGAAGAGGGAUCGGAAGAAGGGUAAGGCGAAGGGGAAGAAGGAGGGGGGAAAGGUUGUUAAGGGGUGA